AUCAAAGUUCACAUAUAUAUUCAGGUUAAAACUGUUUGUUAUCUUGCUUAUAAAAAGUGAAGCAAUUAGCAUCUCAGCAAAAUCAAAGAAAACAUUUCAAAGAUAUGUGAUAUAUCUGGAGUUUGAUAGCGGGCAGAUGCAAUGAAGAGUAUCUCACUAAACGGUUUUGUGUGUCAGGUUAACUCAAACAUGAACAUGGGGAAGUCCAUAUUUGUUGUAUUUCUAUUACUUAACAUAGGCGUGAUCAAUGGAUUUAUCCCAAAUCGUCUUAGGGAGUUAUUUUCUAAUACUGCAUCUCAAACCCACAUUGAGAUCACAGAAAAGGGGAUCCUUAAAAGCGCAUUGAGAUUCUUCCAGGAGAACCCACACCCCGACAGCGACCCAAUCGAGGUCAAUGGCGAAUUGACAGCAAAGAAACUAAUACAGGCUUAUUUUGGAGAUGAUGUGUCAUCCAAGGAAUUUAAGAACGCUAUAGAAGAGAUGAGUGAUGCUAAUGGAGAGGUGGACACGGAUGAAGUUACUAGCAAUCUCCCUUCUGCUCACUUUGAUGCGGAACGAUUUGAUUUGGCAAACGAUCGCUUGAUAAGAUUACGACAAGCUGUUAUAGCUGCCCUUGAUGCGGAGAAGUUCCAGUCUGCCCGCAAGCUGACAGGCCAACUGAUGCACACCCUACAGGAUUUCUAUAGUCAUUCGAACUGGAUUGAGAUGGGGAAUACAGAGCCAAACAGAAACCUAGCUGUAGCUAGAUCUGUUGGAGAGGUUGUGUCACCAGAUGAAGACACGUGUCUCGAAUGUGAAGAUAUGACCUGCUAUGACAACAUUAUAGAGAGUAUUAAUAGAAGAGGCCUGCUCACAAGUGGCUUCUUUGCUCUAUCUAGUUUGAUAGGCGGACCCCAAAAGGAUGGCAAUGGUGUAGAGGUACCCAAGAAAGAGGGUAAAUGUAGUCACGGCGGUCAGAUUGAUAUCACAUCUAAAGAUACCCCCGCCAAAGGAGGCAUCAACAAAGACUCUGCACUGUUUCUAUGGUCACCGCAUCACUAUUUGCAUCACCAGGCUGCUGAUGUUGCUGCUUUGGCAACUGAAGAGUUCCUGGAUGGUAUCAGAGAGGCGAGAGGAGAUGAAGUAUACAGCCAGUACCUAAACCUGGGCUUUGGCACAUCGCUGUGCUUUGUUAUUGACACCACGGGCAGCAUGGCUGCAGAUAUUGAAGCUGCCAAAUCUCGGAGCAAACAGAUAGUAGAAGAGAGGGCCAAAUCUAGUUACAAACCUUACAACUACGUCCUUGUUCCAUUUAAUGAUCCAGAGUAUGGUCCAGCCCAGGUGACAAGGGACCCCGAUGAGUUCUUAGUCUACCUGGACGAACUAGAGGCAGCUGGAGGAAAUGACUGGAGAGAGUAUGCAAUAAGUGGGGUCAGCCUGGCUUUGCAACAUGUACAGAAAGGAUCUAGUUGUUUUGUCAUGACCGACGCGCCAGCUCAUGAUACUAAUCUUACAGACCAUGUGAUAGCUCAAGCUAAAGAAAAAGAUGUCAAGUUAAAUUUUCUCGUAUCCUAUACUGGUAAUAAUGCCGAGCGAGUCCCCACCGUGAUUGCUGACUAUUUGCCCAUAUCAGCUGCCACUGGGGGUCAGAUCAUAGAUGCUAAUAAGACUGAUGUUCUGGAAAUCACAAGGGUCAUUGAUAUAUCAUUGCAGAGUUCAGAGGUGCUGAUAUAUCAAGUGGAAGGAGUGAGUGGGACAAAGACAUUCCCAGUUGAUAUGUCGGUGUCUGAGGUCUAUGUCCAAGUCAGCUCAUUUGACCCUCUAGGCACAGUAGAUGUUAAAUCAACAGAAGAUAAAACAACUGAACCAUCUAAGAUCACAGACCUGCCAAACUUUGUGAUCUACAAGCUGACCUCACCCGAGACUGGACUAUGGGAGGUGACUACCUCAUCAUCAGCUAAAUAUAACCUCAAGGUGACUGCAAAGAGUUACGUAGACAUGAAUGUUAAAUUUGUGGACCAGAAGCCAAAUUCUCCCCAUCAAGGCUGGAGAAAGAUUGAUGGAAAACCAACAACAGGUGGUAACACAACAAUCUUGGUCCUGCUGGAUCAAACUAACGAUGACUGGAUUACGCUGGUUGAGGGGAUUCAGUUCAUUACCCAGGAAGGGGUUGUUCUCAAAGAUGUCCCUGUGAAGAAUACUACAGAUAUUCUCUAUUCUGCUAAUGAAAUGCUACCUUCUAAGGAUUUCCGAGUCUUGAUGUAUGGGAAAGACAAUUCCUUGGAAAGAGUUCAAAGAAUGCUUCCUGAGCUUCUCUCGGUGUCCACAAUUGUAGUACGUUGGAAUACAGCCAGAAAUAGCUCGCUGACUCUGGAGCCCGGAGAGACAGCCAUAAUAGAAUACGAAGUUAAGAAUCUUGGUCCAUCUGCAGUGUUUAAAGUGGAAGCGGUUGACUCGGAGAGAUUCACUAAAAUGGUUGAACCGUACAGAAUGACUCUUGGUGAAGAAUCCUCGGAGACCGGCACUAUUGCAGUAACUGUCCCUGAAAACACUCCCCUGGGUACAGUUAACACCAUCACUGUCACAACAUCCGCUGAGACAGGAGUGAUCAUGACAAACUACUUCAUAUUUGACAUUAUUGUAGCAGUGCAGAACAUUGAUCUUGAGCCUCCAGAAUGCUAUCUUAUCCUUGACGAUAAAAGCUGUCCUAAAAACGCAACAGAAUGCCACUACAAUGAUGCUACCUGGAACAUCAGCGCCACCUUUAAGGAUGACAAAUCGGGUAUCGGAAAGAUUAUAAUUGACGAACCUGUUGACAAAAUAUACACAAUCCAAGAUGAGCCCUAUAUGAAAAUUCUCAGUUAUGAAAUAUCCUGUUGCAGAAAGGAUGUUUCAGUAGUUGUAUUAGACAAGGCUGGAAAUAAAGGCACGUGCGCGGAAUUAAGACGUGCGUUCGAUUUUAGCGGUACACCUAUAAUUGGUAUAAUCAUAUGUGUAUUGGUUGUCAUUCUUCUAGCUGUUAUCGUUGCUUUUAUAACUUAUACAAAGUGUAAGAAGGGAAAGGGAUCUUCAAGACAAAAGGCCGCAUAUCACAAAGGAGAGUGGCGAGCGUAGCGGAUUUCAAUAAUUGUGGCAAUCUAUGUCAAUUUACUUGACUUCAAAGAAAACAUUAUUAUAAUGAAGAAUAUUUUAUAGUCAAGGACAAAGAUGAAUCAUUUCCCAUAACAUACCUGGUCUUGUCUUGUCUCUUUGCUUUGUCUCAUGUUUCGUUUUAUAUGUGUUUGGUUGAUUUGCCUAUUACCAUAUUUAAGUAAAAUUGAAGGAACUUGCUAAUAUUUGAUGGCAAAGUUAAAAGGAGAAAACAUGUUUGUGUUUUAUAAAAUAAAACUUGCACUUUAAUUCUACAGAACAUUGAUCUUGAGAUUCCCGUGUUCUACCGCCAAUCAAACAUUGACAUUGACCCCCCAGUAUGCUACUAUACCUCUAACUUUGAUAACUGCCUUAAUACAGAGGAAUUUUGUGAUAAGACCAAGUGGAACAUUAAUGCGACCUUUACGGAUGAUAACUCGGGGAUUGGAAACAUCACUAUUAACGAAUCGGUUGAGAUUAUUCACAUUGUCCAAGAUGAGCCCAGUCGGAAAAUUAUCAGCUAUGAAAUAUCCUGUUGCAAGUCGAAUGUGUCAAUCAUUGUGCUAGACAAGGCUGGAAAUAAAGGGAUGUGUGUGAAAGCUCUGGAAAAACAGAACACGUCCAAUCUCAGUACUUUGGCCACGGUUGGUAUAAUUGUGGCCGUAUUGACUGUGGUUGUUUUGGUUUUCAUAAUAGCUGUUGUAGUUUAUAAAAAGAGGAAAUCCUUUACGAUCAAUGGUGAGCAUCCCAACGGGAGGUGUAUGUCGUGUAAAACACCUUGCAAUUUUGAGCGUUGCAUGACGUCAUGCGUUGAAUGUAUGGGGCAAUGCUGUCUACAAUGUUGCAUUCAGGCUGGAAUGACUUAAGGAUUUAAGCCCUGACUGAUUAUCAUUCCUCAAAGGUGUUGUUUGAAACUUUGCUAAGAUUAGGAAACAACGCCUGAGUGGAA